GCGUCGCGUCGCUCGCUUCCCUCUAGGACCGCGCCGCCGGCGGGGAGGAAGGGGCGCGUCUCCCCGGAGCCUUCGUCGCCCCGCGCCCUCCUUCCCAGGCCCGGUGCCGGAGGGGGUGGGGGUGGGCGCCCCGCGGGUCCCCUCAGGCUCGGCGGUGCCCGGGGCGGGUGUUGGUGACUUCAGUCAUUUAGGGAUUUAAUUCUGAGGAAGUAGAGACACAAGGAUUGAAUUUCUUUUACAUAGAAAAGCUACAGCUCUUCACCAGUACUCUUUUUACUCUUUCCCAUCCUUCCCUGCUCCGCAGGGGAGAACAAUUUGGGAAUUAUUUUAAACAUUGAUUUACUCCCCCCUCCCUCUCUCAGAAAUCUACCCUGGUCCCAGAGGUAUCCGCUAGACAGUGCCUGACAGGACCAGAAGAACGUUAUCACUGCUUGCUUGCUUUGGGAGCUCCAGCAGUACCCUUCCCUCCUUUGGGGUGUAGUGCAGGGAGGCAUCCAGAAGACUUCCGUGCCACCCUUUUUGGUUAGUAGAGGAUCCAGGAAAAGGGGUACCUAGCGAGACACGUGACCUCCUUAAGGGAGCCAGAACUGAAGCAGCACUUGGCACGCUGAAGGAAACACCCAUCUUUAGUCCCUUUUUCGUCUUCCACUCCUUCCUCACCAAAUUUCUGCAGUUCCAUUGGAAGGAGACCUUGAAGGUUGCAAGACAAGUCCAAGAUGUGCAGUUCAGUUGCUCCCAGGCUGUGGUUCUUAACAGACCGCCGCAUCAGAGAAGAUUACCCUCAGCAGGAGAUCCUGAGAGCACUGAAGGCCAAGUGCUGUGAAGAGGAGCUGGAUUUCCGGGCCUUGGUGAUGGAUGAAGUGGUGCUGACCAUUGAGGAUGGAAAUCUUGGUCUCCGGGUGAAAGGGGAGCUCAUUACUGCUUACCCACAAGUGGUGGUUGUGCGUGUGCCAACACCUUGGGUCCAGAGUGACAGCGACAUCACAGUCCUUCGCCACCUAGAGAAGAUGGGCUGUCGAUUGAUGAAUCGUCCUCAAGCCAUCCUCAACUGUGUCAACAAGUUCUGGACAUUUCAAGAACUUGCUGGCCAUGGUGUGCCUCUUCCAGACACUUUUUCAUAUGGUGGUCAUGAGAAUUUUUCCAAAAUGAUUGAUGAGGCGGAAGUGCUGGAGUUCCCUAUGGUGGUGAAGAACACGCGGGGUCAUCGAGGUAAAGCUGUGUUCCUGGCACGAGACAAGCACCAUUUGGCAGACCUAAGCCAUUUGAUCCGUCACGAUGCCCCUUACUUAUUUCAAAAAUACGUUAAGGAGUCCCAUGGCAAGGAUGUGCGCGUCAUCGUAGUGGGAGGCCGUGUGGUGGGCACCAUGCUCCGCUGCUCGACAGAUGGGAGGAUGCAGAGUAACUGCUCACUUGGUGGUGUAGGAAUGAUGUGCUCGCUGAGCGAACAAGGCAAGCAGUUGGCAGUCCAAGUGUCAAACAUCCUGGGGAUGGAUGUGUGCGGCAUUGACCUGCUGAUGAAGGACGACGGCUCAUUCUACGUCUGCGAGGCCAAUGCAAAUGUAGGUUUCAUUGCCUUUGACAAGGCUUGUAAUUUAGACGUAGCUGGUAUCAUAGCGGACUAUGCCGCUUCCCUGCUGGCCCCCGGCCGCUUGACACGGCGCAUGUCCCUGCUCUCCGUGGUGUCCACGGCCAGCGAGACUAGCGAGCCAGAGCUGGGCCCUCCACCUGGGGCCGCUGUCGACAACAUGAGUGCUAGCUCCUGCUCUGUCGACAGCGACCCUGAGACCACGGAGAGAGAAUUGCUCACCAAGCUCCCGGGGGCUCUCUUCAACAUGAACCAGCUACUAGCCAAUGAGAUCAAGCUCCUUGUGGAGUGAUGCCACGUGUAAAUAGGUGACCAACAGAACUCUCUCUUGUAAUUUUUUUUUUUUAAACCAACUUGCAAUGCUGUUUAUCAGAGAUGCUCAGAGGAAUGAGGAAAGGGGGGGUGGGAGUGUCAGUCAAGAGAGCAAAAGUAAAAGGCACACGUGCUGUGGUUGCUGUCCUUACUCAUUUGCGGAACAUUAAAUUAUCUUCGUUCUUCAUCAGUUUUACAGCGGAGAUGCUCAGUUCAUAACCAAGCAGCAAUUUUAUUUGGAUGCUGCUUUGGUCCCCAGAUAUAUUGCAGUUCAUGUGUCUUCACAGGCAAGCACUGAAGCGUGAUUCACACUUGAAGAUUUUCAGAAAGUUGUCUGGCAGCUCGCUAGAAACUUCUGUGAAUUAUUGCACCAGUUAAGUCUCUUCUACCUCUGUAAGGCUUGAUCCUGUAAAUUGCCGAGUGCCUCAAAUUCUUUAUGUGAGUUGAAGGUGUUAAAUACCAAGUAUUUCAAAAUUCCUGGACACCUAUUGUUCCUACUCUUGUAGAUGGGAGCUGUAAGUUCAGGAUCCUUUUAAAGUCAUCACUUUUUGACCUUGCAGGGUACGGCCUUUCAAAUGAUGAGGCUGAGAGAAGUAUCAGUUGACUUAAUGUGAACUUUCUGUAAAAAUCUGUAGAUUGUACCAUCUUGGUAUUAAGUGGCAGCUUUGUGUCUAAAUUCCUUUAUAAAGCUUUUAAAGGAGGAUACUUCUGUUUUUCUCAUUUCAAAUCCUGAUUUUGGAAGGUAUAUAGGGGAAUUGGUUGUGGGCAGAAGUGGCAUGUUUUUAACUAUUUUUUGCAUGGUUGGAGGAGAUAAACAGCACUGUAAUGUUUGGUAUGCAAAAUGAUGUUUAAUCUAAAAAUGUGAAAAAGAAUUACACUAGUUUAAAGCAAACGUGCAUCGACUUGUAUUUGUUAGUGUUUUAGUCUUUCUGAGAGAGAUCUGCAAUGUUAAUGUUCCUUUUUCUUUAAUACAUGCUAGUCCAACACUCCCUUCUCUAUGCCUGCAUCUUUAACAGUGGCCAAAGUGAAAACACCGCAGACUGUUUGUUAAGAAAACACUGAGUUGUAGCCUGUACAUUGGUGGGGGGGUUGUUUGUUUGUUUGUUUUUGUUUGCUUUUUUUUGGAGGGAGGAAUGUGGUAAGGUGUGGAGGAGGGAGGAGCUGGUUAAAAGUGAUUAGUCAUCUAGAGGAAUUUUAGAAUAAAGCUGCAGUUCAUACAAUACUUACCAGGCUUACUUUUUCCCCACUGAACAUAAACUGAUGUUGGCAUAAAUCCAAAGAGUAUAACUGGGGAGAAAUAUUCAGUUCUUAGCUUUGGAAAACGUGGCAGAUUUAAAAAAGGAGAAAAAAAGAAAAAGAAGGAAAAAGAAAAAAAAGAGAGCUCAGCCAGAGUUUUUAAAAAAAAGAAAAAAAAUAACCUAGGUCCACAAACAAUUAAGGGAUUGAUCCUAGGCCUUUACAUGUGUGUGGUGUGAGUGCACACACUCGUGUGUGUUUGUGUGUGCACAAUUGUUUUCCUUUAUUUUUUUGAGGGUGUUGGCUGUUUAGCUCCUAAUUUUUUGCAGACUUCCUGAUUUUCCUUAAUCCUUCUGGCUGUGCAUUUUCUCAUUAGCCUUGAGCUGGUUUGGAAAACAGAUAACCAAAACAAAUACUGAGUCCAUUUUUCAGUCCCUGUCUUCCUCCUCCUUUUCCUCCUCCUUCUCCCUUUUCAUUCCCCUCUUAUUCGCGGGGUUCAUAAAGCCCUGGAGCUAUAUAUAUAUAUAUAAAUAUAUAUAUAAAGAUAAGCCUCUUUUUUAAAAACAAAAAGUAAAACGUUUACAAUUGAAUAAUCAUCUUGUGAAAAUAGGUUUGUUUGGAGGGGGGUUGUGUGUGUGCAAUGCUGCUGUUUUCUGGAUACUUUAAUGGAGCAUGUCCCAUGUACCCUCUGAGGUUCUGCACUGCCCACCUCUGUGGCCCUUCCUCACCUCUCUGCUGCUCUGCUGUUUUACCUUCACUUGGACCUUAAACACAACUCACGGACACUAUGCAGAGAGUCUUCAAGAGGCAAUAAACAGAACAGUAUUAACCUACUUUAUGGAGGUUUGAUCAUGCUUCUUUGUACAGUUUGGUUUUUUUAUUUUAAAAGGAAUGUAAUAAAAUGGCGCUUUUUUUUUUUUUGUAGAAUUAAAUAUUAUUAUUAAAAUCAAGUGAAAGGUUGACUGUUGGUGUUAAGCAGGAAGGUGGACCAGCUGGUCCAGCAAAAAAAUGAUCUUCAGCAGUAAAAAGGCAUUUUCAAAUCCUUCUUACUGAGCCUUCAAGUGCACAGGUUAUACCUGAAGAAUAUAAAGGUCUUCAACCUCUGUGAAGAAUUACAGAACGACAGAACAUGAAAGUAACCUAAUUCUCUAGUCACUGAGCAGAAAACUCUCUUAGAAGAGUUCUCUACUUCCCUUUCUUGUUUAUCCAAGGGGAAUUUGGGGUGGAGGGUGGCUCUUUUUUUUGUUCUUGUUUUUUUCUUUUUUUGUCUCUUCCUUUUUACUGGUAGGUGCCUGCAUUCCUUGACAGGCUGAUAGGAUCAAUCCUUCCCUUUCUAGCUGACACACAUUGAGCACAUGUGGAAUAACAGCAGGGAGUAAACAGGUGCUAGUUGGUAUACAAAGGCUUUCAUAUUUCUAUCACAGGAAACAUCUUUUAGAUGAAAGUUAACUAAAUAUUCUGGAUUAUUUUUCUGAGUUCCUGUAGUAUCUUGUAGCUCACAGGAACCUUACAUUUCUAGCACCCUUUCAAAAUGUCUAGGUUACACCUCACAGUCAUAAAUUUCAUGAAGUAAACAUAAGACUUUUUAAAAAAAGUCUAAGUGGGUUGUGAGAUUUGCAGUUUGACUCCCUUCUGAUAAGUUGCUCCUCUGGUUGGUGCUUCCAUUACUAGCUUGGAGAGAAGUCUAUGCAUAGUGGUCACAGAGGGAAACAGGAUUUGAAACACCACGUGUGUGUGUUUGGAUAUUGGGUAUUGAUGCUGCAUGAAAACCUUGCUUGAGGGUUCAUUUGUACAAAUGGGCACACUUGUCUCAUGUAUUUACUCCCUACUUACUCAUUGCUCCUGAAACAGUGAAAUGCAAAAAAUGGCCUGGGGAUGCAAGGGGGCGGGGUGUGUCUCGUUUUUACUCAAAGGGAAAAACACCAACACACCUAGCCUGUGGAAACCAGGCAGUGUUUCCUGUUGAAGGUGAACUCCACAGAUGUCAGCUUUAUACACUUUAUUUUCUUCAGUUCUGUGUGCUGAAUCACACCCUAAACUUCUAUACAGUUGCACUAACGCUACCUCCAUAUGUGGGUUUGGAAGCAUGUGCUGAAAAAAUGGUCAAUAAUGGUGGAUUACAGUGGUGCCAAUACAGCUGAUGGUGAUACAACUAUUUUUGUAUAUUUUAAUGUUUGAAAGAGCCAGUUAGAAACUCAUUUGCAAGAAUAAGUUUCUUAAAUUGCAUCUGAUGAAAUUUUUUUCUCUGUAACACUGGAGAUUUUUUCUGUUCAACUUAAUGUGUUUGUAAGUAAUGUCUUGCUGUCGAUGUAUGGAUUGUAUCUUAAUCCUUGUAUUUAAUGCUUUAAUGUGUUUUCUAAAAUCUUUUCUUGUAAUGUUACAACACCUUAUCUGUAAAACAGUGCCAAUGCUUGAUGUUUACAUUGACUGUUAUAUUUUUUGUUCUGAGUUGAUGGUCAGUCUUGAAGCCUUUUCUCCCAAUUCAUGUGCUGUCCUUGCUGUGUGAUAUUUACUCGGGAAAUAACCUCUGGAACAUCUGGGUAUGUCAGUCGCAAAGGAGAUGCUUCUUCAGAUGUUUUACUGGACUACAAAAUCCAACAAAUGAAACCAGUGACACUUGCUAAAUUCCCUCAUUGCAAAAAUCUGUCAGUUAAAUGCAUAAGGGAUAAGGGCUUAGAGAGACUUUGCAAACAGAUUGUACAGUAUCUUUCUCAUGGCUCACUCUUUUUGAGAAGGUUUAUGGGCUUUAUGGCUGGUGUGAGACACACGACCCACUCCUGUUCUCUCUAUGGAAUAGUAGGUGCUCGGACAGGUAACUUCUGUUGCUACUGUCUUUUUUAAUUUUUAAUUUUUUCACUGUUCUAGGAAUUGUGUUAAACUGAACACUGCAGGAUUUAUAACUAGGUGUUUGCUGCCUUUUCUUUUUUUUUUUUUAUUUCUUUAAAUCUAUCUUAAACUUUGGAUGACUGUUGGAGCAUUCUGAUGGUGGAUCUGCUGUUGGAAGUCUCCAAGCCUCCCAUGUUUCUAAUUUGACUUGAAAAGCUUUUGUUUUGUUUAUUUGUUUAAAACAAUGACACAAAUUAAUUGUGCGGAUUUCGGGUGGGAUUUGUUGUUGUGCUAUUUUGGGUGACUUAUUCUCCCUUUUUUUACAGAAAUGUGUUCUAACAGUUCACACUUUGUUACUGUUCUUUGCAAAACUUUUCAGGAGCCAAAAAAGUCAAACAAUCCAGAGAAAACCCCUUCUCCCCUUUCUGAUGGCAAGAGUGAGAACUUAUGAAAAAUCCUUGCGAAUGUUCCUUCCUAAACUUUUCCCCCCAGUAAUGCAAGCGGGUAAAAUGGUAAAUGCAGCAGUUUGGUGACAUCCAAAACCGACCUGUUGUCAGGUAAAUUGACACUUUUCUGCUCUUACUCUAACCUUCAUAAAUUUGCUAACUUGUCUGACUUCCUUUCUGCCCAUCAGUUCAUUUUGGUGAUACUUGUUGAAUGAUUUCUUUAACCGGAUUUAGAGAAAACCGUGCUUUGCUUUAUCUCCCCUCCUUACACUUGUUGACUUUUAGGAACCUGUCAUUGUGCUUUACUUUACUCAGGUGAGACAAAAGUGAGUCCCCCAUGCAACUGUAUGAGGGAUAGUUUUGUAAUACAUUAAUUCCACUUCCUCUUUAUCAUUUUUAGAUUGUCUUCAAAUAUAUUUUAGCUUAAUUUUUGAAAGAUACAUUGCUUUCCAUUUGCUAAGUGAACAUGAAAUAUAACUGCAGAAGUAAGUAAUUAGUAGGAAUGAAAUACUACUAGUAAGAAUGUUAAUUCUAUUAAAAUUCAAUAGAGCAGGAUCCUGUAAAGAGGAGAGAUAGAUGAAUAUGUGUGCUGCAGAAAAAGACUGUUGAGCUGAUGAUUUCUGUUUGUGGAGGAUGGAGUGACACAUUUUAUCUUGCCCUGACUGCUGUAUCAAAGCACUUGUGCAUUUUAUCCUUCUCUGGUAACUCUCUCCCUUAAUCUCAAACAAUGUAAAAGUACUGGAUACUUAAUUUUUUUUACUUAAUUUAAGGGGAGAAUCUUCUAUUUUACUCAGAGGUAAAAUAUCAGACAAUUGGAAUACCCUUCCAAGUUGAAGAAUAUUUACCUAUAAACAGGCUUUCAAGUUUCCUGAUGCAAUAUUAUGUUUCCUAAGACAUCUGUAAAGAAUUAGCACUUGUUUCAGAUUAUUUUUCUAUGUACAUUAAUUAACUCCUCUAUGCCAUCACAAAAUAGUCAACUUUUCAGUCUCAGUUUAUAUUUUCUUGAAAGAAAGCAAAGUUAUCAGCAAUAUAAUAAAUUGUAGCUUCAAAUUAAGGUGGGAGGGAAUAAUUUUAGAGCCAAAUUUUGCUCUCAAUUACACUGAGAUAAAACUGGAAUCACUCUGUAGAAGUCAGUGGAGUGAUAUCCAAUUUCAUUGGUAUAAUUGAGUGUAUAAUUUGUCUUUUAAUUUUACUUGCAACGUAAUUUUACAAACCUGUUAUACUUAUGUUUCCAAUGCUUUUUCCUUUCAGACACUCCCACUUCUUGCGUCUCAGCAUUGGGCAGGCCUAUUCCUUUAUUUGUGUAUAUUUUUGUGCAUCAGCUGCUAUAGGACACGGGUGUAACACUUUCAGGCAUGUGGUUGGGUGUCUUUUUGGGGUCUGUAAUAUUGUCUAAAAAUAAUUUUUUUUCCUCAGAUUUAUUUGUUAAUUCAUGUUGGAUCACAGUUUUGCAUCUCUAACCUGAUUUUAGAUAUAUAUUGUGUGAAGAGUUUUUUGAAAGAAAUACAGUACUAGUUCUUUGCAGAGUCUGCAAGUCAUCUUUGGUGGGGAGAGUUUACCAAAAUGUACUGCAUUUUGUAAUAGUUAAAGUUUUAAUAUUUAAUGUGGCUUGAAAGGUGGUUUUACAGAUGAUGCUUCUUCCUCUUUAUGGAAUGGCUUUCAAAGCCUUGUGUUGAUCUUGGUUGUGCCCAGUGCUUUGUGUAGCGUAUGGGGAAAUGCAGAACUUGAAUAGGCCAUGACUACUUAGACAAGCGAUGAUGAUUAUGUGCAUGCUGAACUAGAACUUCUUCUAUAUGCCCUUCUGCUGCAACAGAAUAUUAAAACUGGUAGGUGGCAGCAGCAGAAGACACUCAUGACUGUGACCUGAGAACCUCCAGUACUGGGAGAAAUGGAUUGCAAAAUACUAACUGGAGUAAGGGGAAUGGAGAAGAGAGGCAGAAUCCCUGAACUGUCCCUUUGAAUGGAAUCUAAGGUGUGUGGAAGAUGCUGGAUCACCAGGUGCAGAGAUUGAACUCUACCCACUGGAAAGGUUUUUCUACAGCAGCAGCAGGUCUUCUUUUGCCUCUCAUGGGAGCCCUUAGCCUUUUGAUAAUGCCUCCUUCACAAUGAAGGGAAGAAAGGAUGGAUCAGCAGGGAUGUGCAAUGGAGUGAUGUCCACAUGUGGUGUUAACAGUCUGUCCCACUAACUUGGAGAAUUGAAUAAAAAAGUUGAAUUGUAA